ACUGUCGUUGAGCUUGCUUUUGUUGCCAUGAAGUCACUGGUGUUGUUCUAGUUAUCAGAAAGCCACUAUAUGUAAGAUUGUCUCCUACCAAGACAAACAUUUAACAACACAUAUCUAUCUGAAUGUCCCGCAUGGUUCUGAACGCGUCCACUAGUAUACCUUGCGUUACGUCUGGAAUCCUGCGUUCAUCUGCGCAGCUUUCAUUCUCUCCACUGGUUCUAUUCCGAGAGUAGUUAGCGGCAGAGCGCUUUCGAAACAGCACCAACUCAAAGCAGGGUUAGGGUUGAUCUUAUAGAUGUCAGACUGAAGACAGUCCGAGCCACCACUGGUACUCACACAGAGAGAGGUUUAGUAAAGUAGGGCUGGACACAGGUGGACUUUCACGUCGUCGGCGUUGUGACAACAACAUAGACCAACGCAAUGAGCAGCAAUAAUGAACUCCGCUUUGAUCCAAAGGAGCACCAGCACCUGCGCUACAACCCCCUCCGGGACACGUGGGUUCUGGUGUCGGCCCACAGGAUGAAGAGACCUUGGAGUGGCCAGGUGGAGAAGGAAGAGGAGGACCAAGUACCUCAACACGACCCAAACAACCCCCUCUGUCCUGGGAACACCAGGGCCAACGGAGAGGUGAACCCAGACUACAACAACACAUUUGUGUUUGAGAAUGACUUCCCAGCCCUGCAGCCUAAUGCUCCUGACCCAGGAUAUAACCAACAUCCACUGUUCCAGUCUAAAGCAGCCAGGGGCGUCUGGUGGAGAUGCUGUCUAAAUAAUCCAAGACCAGACCAUGAGGAUCUCAAAGCUGAGGAUAUAUUGACAUGUAGCCCAGACACAAGCAAGGUGAUGUGUUUCCACCCCUGGUCUGACGUCACACUGCCUCUCAUGACGCUUCCUGACAUCAUCAAAGUGAUUGACAAGUGGGCAGAACUGAUGGUGGAUCUAGGCUCCACCUACCCCUGGGUCCAGAUCUUUGAGAAUAAAGGAGCCAUGAUGGGCUGUUCCAACCCUCAUCCUCACUGCCAGGUGUGGGCCAGUAACUUCCUGCCUAAUGAAGCCACCCUGUCGGACCGCUGUCAGAGAGAAUACCUGAAGACCCACGGAGAACCUCUACUGCUGCAGUACGCUAAGAUGGAGGCAGAGAAACAGGAGCGUGUAGUGGUGCAGAAUGCUGAUUGGCUGGCUGUGGUUCCAUACUGGGCCACCUGGCCGUUCCAGACGUUGCUGUUACCACGGAGACAUGUCCAGAGACUGACUAACCUCACCGCCCAGGAGAGAGAGGGACUGGCCUCCAUUAUGAAGAGACUCUUGACUAAAUAUGAUAACCUGUUUCAGAUCUCCUUCCCCUACUCCAUGGGCUGGCACGGCGCCCCUACCGGCCCCUAUCUUAAAGAGGACCAGUUCCACUGGCAGCUCCAUGCUCACUAUUACCCCCCCCUGCUCCGAUCUGCCGGCGUACGCAAGUUCAUGGUGGGAUAUGAAAUGCUGGCACAGGAACAGAGAGACCUUACACCUGAACAGGCUGCUGAACGACUGAGGAACCUUCCAGAAGAACACUACAAGACCAUUGAGACGGCAGGAGAGUUUGGUGGAGAGACACCUCUGGCCCUACCACGUCACACCUCUACCAAACCUCUGACUCUACCACACCUCUGACUCUACCAUACCUCUGACUCUACCAUACCUCUGACUACCACAACUCUGACCCUACCACUCCUCUGAUCCUGACCCUACCACACCUCUGACCCUACCACACCUCUGACCCUACAACACCUCUGACCCUACCAUACCUCUGACCCUACCACACCUCUGAUCCUGACCCUACCACACCCCUGACCCUACCACCACUCUGACCCUACAACACCUCUGACCCUACCACCACUAUGACCCUACCACACCUCUGAUCCUGACCCUACCACACCUCUGAUCCUGACCCUACCACACCUCUGACUUUAACUCUGUCACAGGAUCAUCAACUAGACUCAGCAGCAUACCGCCAGUUGGUGAACCCUGGUCUAUCACAUUGACAUUAGAUAUUAAAGUAUGAAUAACAGGAAGUGCCUAUCAAAACAGUUUGAUACAAAUACUACUAGAUCUCUUUUUGGGAAGAGAAAUAUAUAACAUUGCUGAUGGUGCCUUCAGAAAGUUUUCACACCCCUUGAGUUUUUCCACAUUUUGUUGUGCUUCAGCCUGAAAUAAAAAUGUAUUAGAUUAAGAUUUUAUGUCACUGGCCUACACACAAUACCCCAUAAUGUUAAAUUGGAAUAAUGUUUGUAAAUUGAUAAAAAUAAAAAGUUAAAAUGUCUUGAGUCAA